GGCUGCAGCGUCCUCCUCAAAGCACCGCUGUCGUGCUGAAGAAACUCCCCAGCUCCGCGAGCCCUGCUGCCAAGGAGUGAGGGGCGGAGCAGGCUGUGGGGCUGCUGAUCGCACCUUCCCGAGAUGGCGUCCUGGGCCAGGGCAGCGGGCGCCUGCGCACAGGCCACCCGCAACUUGCUGCGCCAGGAGGGCCAGCUGGCCCGGGCAGCCAAGCAGGGCGGCCAGCAGACGCGUGGCUUUGCGGCAGGCGGUCACGGCCACCACGAUAGCGUGACCCACGAGGGCCUCACCAUCCACAAGGCCGCAAGCUGGCACAAGUACACCGGCCAGGGGUUUGCGGGCCUCAUGUGGUUCUGGGUGCUGUACCGCUUCUACCACGACUUUGACCACUUCGUGUAUGGCCCCGCGGCGCACCUGGAGCACGAGAUUGCUCACGAGGAGGAGCACGGCAGCCAUGGCGAGGAGCACUGAUGUGCUGGGCCGAGGCGCGCGGGCUCCGCGCCUGCCACCCCGUUGGUCAAGCUGUGUACCAAACUGAUGCCAUGUGGCUGCUUGCAAGCAGCCCCACACUGUAACACACCACUCUGC